AUGGCAGAGGCUCUGGUUAAGUUCUUCCUACAGAGAUUGGAAUCUCUGUUGCUUCAAGAGACUCAGACCUUCGCUGCCCUUAAUGAUCAAAUCGAACAUAUAGAAGGCUCACUCGGGGAGAUUGGGGAAUUUUUGGGAGAUAGGGGCAGCGGAGGAAAUGAUGAUGCUUUUUCGACUUGGGUCAACCAACUUCAAGAUUUGGUUCAUGACAUGGACGACCAAGUUGAUGAGUUCAUCAUUCAGAUGGAUAAGCAAAUCGGAUCCGAUAGGUUGGCAUUGACACAAUGCUUCAGUAAUGAACUACAGAAGAUAGAAUCUCAACUUGCUGAAAUCAUCCGCAGAAUGGCAGAAUCAGCCAUAGCAGAAGAAGAUACUGGAGAGCAAAAAGAUAACACGGAACAAUCUUAUGGAAAGGAAGAAAGUCAGAUGCAAUUCAGUUCAACUACCAUUGAAGGAUGGAAGGAAGAGAAUGAAGGUGAAGGGGAACAAGUUCCCGGGCAGAAAGAAGGUCAGACAUCAACUUUGGUUUCAUUCAACUUAAAAUACAGAAAUUUACCUUACUACCUUCAAGCUGGUUUGAAAUAUUGUUGUAUAUUCCCCGCGAAUUACUGGAUAAACAAGGGGAGAUUGAUCCGGUUGUUGGUAGCCGAAGGUCUGAUACAAGAAAAAACAGGACAUAUGUUGGAGGACAUAGCAGAGGAAAACAUAAAUGAGCUGGUCAUACAGGGAAUGCUUAAAGUGAAGGAUGAACACCUGGAGCAUGGAACCAAAUUCACUGUUUCUUCUCCAUAUCGCAAUUUCAUAGGUGAAAAUUUUGUAAGUACUCUUGCCAAUUCAGAUUUGACUAUCCCCCAUACAGCACGCCAUGUUUUAACAUCAGACAUGAUGAAAACUGGGCACAGUUUAAACAAUCUCCGACCUCGUUCUUUAUUCUUGUUUGGGAAUCAAGAUCAUUUGGAAGGAACUUGGCUGGAUUUGACAUGGGCAAAGUUUUUGCGGGUGCUAGAUCUAGAAGACACCAAAAUCCAGAGUUUACCAGAUGAAGUGGGAGACCUAAUUCACCUGACAUAUCUUGGCUUGAAACACAGCAACAUAAAUGACCUUCCAGCAAGACUUGGUAAAUUACGAGCACUGCAGACUUUAGAUAUCAGAUGGUGUGGGAAUUUAUCAACACUAUCACCGAACGUCUUAAGUCUCGUAAAAUUAAGGCAUCUCAAAAUGUUCAAGAACAUAAAUGUUAGUGGGAUGAAGCUACCAGAGGGAAUAGGUAGAUUAAGAAACCUCUUGACACUAACCGGUGUGCAUGCUGGGGGUAGCAUCGCAGGGGAAUUAGACAAGCUCACUCAGCUCAGAAAACUGGGAGUGAUGGACGUUGCUGAAGAGAAUGCUGGUGAGCUACACACCUCCAUAAUGAAGAUGCAAGGUCUUCUCUGCCUGUCUUUAGAAGCAAAACAUACUUACAACAAGAACCACCUUGUGCUCUCGGAGUCAUUCUUGCCUCCACCUCUUCUUAGGAAACUUCGCCUUGAAGGUUUCCUAGAUAAGAUACCUAGCUGGCUUGGCUCACUGGAAAAUCUUACAAAGCUAAGACUAGGUUUCUCUCAUUUAUCCGAGAACCCAACAUCAGUUCUACAGCUUCUACCCAAUUUGGAAAAUUUAACCUUGUGGCAUGCUUUUGAUGCACAGCAGUUGGGGAAAGAAUUCUGCAAAGCAGGUGGAUUUCCAAAGCUUGAGGUUCUCAGCAUUGCUUCUCAUGUUCUUGAGGCAUGGACAGAACUUGAAGAGGGAGCAUUGCCAAGCUUACAGUACCUCCACUUCCACAACUGCUUGCGUCUAAGGAUGCUCCCUGAAGGUUUGCAGUACAUCACUACCUUGAAGCAGUUGGAUCUGCUGCCUUUGCUUGAUGAACAUGCUGAAAGGUUGAAACCUGAUGGUGGGGAGGAAAAUUACAAGAUCAGAAACAUUCCAAAUAUAUCAUUCAUCACCAUGUCUGUUUUGAAUUCAAUGGUAGGUUCCCAUCCUUGCUGCCAAACCCAAGUGACAUCUGAACAAUAAAGUUAUGGCCUAGUGGCAGGCUUAUGUUUUUCAGACAAAUAAUUACAUUAGAAAUAUAUUUCCCAACUGUGAGAUGUAUCAAUGGAAAAUGUAAUCCCACUUAAACAGAACAUACUUGCAGAAAAGGAAAAGGGUGUACCAUCUUUGUUUUGAGUCUACUUUGCAAAUACAAAUAUCAUGUUUUCUCCGAUUA